ACACCACUGUGGCGAAGAAAUGGUGAAGGGAAACCGUUGUGUAAUGCCUGUGGAUUAUUUCUGAAUUUACACGGAAUUCCUAGACCCGCGGCUCUUAAAUCUACUUUCAUCAAGCGUAGGAACCGCGGAAGGAAUGGCGAGAAACCCGGUGGCAACAAGAAGCCUGCGAAGCCUAAAGUUCCUCUGAAUGAGCCAAUUCAUUCAAAGCCUUUUUAAUUGAAUCACAUGAAGUGUAGAACGCUUUUAUGUACUGAAGCAUUCAUUUUUUCGGAUUGAAGGUAGCUAAGAGACCUGGAUUAGACUUCGAGAGAGUGAUUGAUUAGAAAUUGAUUGAAAAAAACAAAAGGAAGAUUAGGAAGAUACUUAAAUACAUCUUUUAUCUCUUUUUGAUCUUUAAAACUAAAACACUAACCCCCAAAAAAUCACUUUAGAGGCACUCAUCGUUGUCUCAAACGCUUUUCCUUUCAUAUCAUUUGCCUGACUUGCGUCCUAUUUUAUGUGUGUGAAGUAUAAUGUACUAUAUAGCAGCUUAUAGAGCAUCUUGCUAACAUAAGCUGUAGCCAUCCUAUCAUAAAUAGAUACACGAGAUCUUAUAAAUCUAUUUAUCUAUAUACAUAUACCCCAAUUUUUCACAUUUUUGUUUUGAAUUUAUAUAUAUCUUAUAGUUUGGGUUUUAUCCAUAGUAAAUAUACAUUUCAAUGGCUUCAUCUUCCAUUUGUUGAUUGAUUUGUUUUGACUUUUUAUGAAAUUAAGUGAUUGGUGUUGGUAG